AUGGGGCACGACAAAGCCAAGGGGAAAAAGGCCAAAAGCGAUGAGUUGAAAGAUCUGAAGCAAGAAGUCAGCAUGGACGAGCAUACCAUCCCGCUCGAGGAGUUGGCCAGUCGACUACGAACCAACGUGGACACGGGUCUAACUCGCGAGGCCGCCAAGACCAAGUUGGAACAGGACGGCCCGAACGCUCUGUCACCACCGAAGACCACACCCGAAUGGAUCAAGUUCUGCAAGAAUUUGUUCGGAGGGUUUGCUCUCCUCCUCUGGGUGGGAGCUCUUCUCUGCUAUGUUGCGUACUCCGUCGACUACUUCACCAUGGAGUACCCAUCAAAGGACAACUUGUACCUCGGAAUUGUGUUGAUGAGCGUCGUCAUCGUCACUGGAAUCUUCCAGUAUUACCAAGAGAGCAAAUCCAGCAAGAUCAUGGACUCGUUCAAGAACAUGGUUCCCCAAUACGCGAUGGUCUUCCGUGAUGGACAGAAGCUGCACAUCCGCGCUGAAGAGAUUGUCGUCGGCGACGUUGUCGAAGUGAAGGGCGGAGAUCGUGUCCCGGCCGAUAUCCGUGUCAUCCAAGCAUUCGGCUUCAAGGUCGACAAUUCGUCUCUUACCGGAGAAUCGGAGCCGCAGUCUCGUUCGCCCGAUUGCACCAACGAGAACCCCUUGGAAACGAGGAACAUUGCUUUCUUCUCCACCAAUGCCGUUGAAGGAACCUGCAAGGGCGUCGUUAUCAACACUGGUGAUCGCACGGUUAUGGGACGUAUUGCUCACUUGGCGUCUGGACUUGACACCGGCAUGACCCCGAUCGCCCGCGAGAUCGAGCAUUUCAUCCACCUCAUCACCGGAGUCGCCGUCUUCCUUGGUGUCACCUUCUUCAUCAUCGCUUUCGUCCUCGGAUACCAUUGGCUGACGGCCGUUGUGUUCCUUAUCGGUAUCAUCGUCGCCAACGUACCCGAAGGACUCAUUGCCACCGUCACCGUGUGCUUGACCCUCACCGCCAAGCGCAUGGCGUCCAAAAACUGCUUGGUCAAGAACUUGGAAGCCGUCGAGACCUUGGGAUCAACCUCCACCAUCUGCUCUGAUAAGACCGGAACGCUCACCCAGAACCGUAUGACCGUCGCCCACAUGUGGUAUGACCAGAAGAUCUACGAUUGCGACACCACUGAGAACCAGUCUGGGACCCAGAAGAAGAACACUGGCCCUACUGCUGAUGCCCUCGUGCGUAUUGCAGCCCUUUGCUCGCGUGCUGAUUUCAAGCCUGGACAGCCGCAAGUUCCUGUUCUUCGCCGUGAAUGCACUGGUGAUGCCUCCGAGAUUGCCCUCCUCAAGUUCUCCGAGCUUGCACUUGGCGGUGUUGUCCCCUACCGUGAGAAGGCCCCGAAGAUCGCCGAAAUUCCCUUCAACUCCACCAACAAAUAUCAGGUUUCGAUCCACGAUGCUGCUAACAGCGACAAGUACUUGCUGGUGAUGAAGGGAGCCCCCGAGCGUAUCCUUGACGUCUGCGCGACCAUCCUCAUCAACGGACAAGAACAAGAGCUCGACGAGAAGCUACGAAAGGAAUUCAAUGAUGCCUACCUUGAGCUCGGAGGAAUGGGAGAACGUGUGCUCGGAUUUUGUGACUACGAGCUUGAUGCCGGACAGUUCCCCAAGGGCUUCAAAUUCGACACCGAAGACAUCAACUUCCCCCUGAAGGGUCUCCGCUUCGUCGGCCUUAUGUCCAUGAUCGAUCCUCCACGUGCUGCUGUCCCCGAUGCCGUUGCCAAGUGCCGUGAUGCCGGAAUCAAGGUCGUCAUGGUUACCGGUGACCACCCCAUCACUGCCAAGGCCAUCGCCAAAUCUGUCGGCAUCAUCUCGCCCGGAUCCGAAACUGUCGAAGACAUUGCCAUCCGUGAGGGAACCACUGUUGAGAAGGUUGACGUUCACCGUGCCCGCGCCGCUGUCAUCCACGGAUCGGAGCUGCGUGAUAUGUCUGAUGAGCAACUUGCCGAGAUCAUCCAGAACCACGCUGAAAUUGUCUUCGCUCGUACCUCGCCGCAGCAGAAGCUGAUGAUCGUCGAAGGCUUCCAGAAACAAGGCCAAAUCGUCGCUGUGACUGGUGAUGGUGUCAACGACUCGCCUGCCCUGAAGAAGGCCGACAUCGGAGUCGCUAUGGGUAUUGCUGGAUCUGAUGUGUCGAAACAAGCCGCUGACAUGAUCCUUCUCGACGAUAACUUCGCCUCAAUCGUCGUUGGUGUCGAAGAGGGCCGUCUGAUUUUCGAUAACCUCAAGAAGUCGAUUGCCUACACGCUGACCUCCAACAUCCCCGAGAUCUCGCCCUUCCUCACCUACAUCUUGUUCGGCAUUCCCCUUCCCCUGGGAACCGUCACCAUCCUUUGCAUCGAUCUCGGAACUGACAUGGUCCCCGCCAUCUCGCUUGCCUACGAAGAGGCUGAGGCUGAUAUCAUGAAGCGCAAGCCGCGUGACCCGAUCCACGACAAACUUGUCAACGAGCGUCUCAUCUCGCUGGCCUACGGACAGAUUGGAAUGAUCCAAGCUUCCGCCGGGUUCUUCACCUACUUCUGGAUCAUGGCUGAUAACGGAUUCCUGCCAAAGGAUCUCUACCAGCUCCGUGCCCAGUGGGAUUCGCGCGCCUACAACAAUGUCCUCGAUUCGUACGGACAGGAGUGGACGUACGCCAACCGCAAGAUUCUGGAGUACACUUGCCAAACCGCCUACUUCGUAACGAUCGUCGUCGUACAAUGGGCCGAUCUCAUCAUCUCGAAGACUCGUCACGUGCCUCGCCGCCUUCAUGUGCUAUUGCCCUGGCUUGGACAAUGGUCUUCGUAUGUACGGCCUUCGCUUCUCCUGGUGGUUCCCCGGACUUCCAUUCGCCAUCCUCAUCUUCAUCUACGACGAGGCCCGCCGAUAUCUGAUCCGUCGCUACCCCGGUGGAUGGGUCGAACGCGAGACUUACUAUUAAGGGAAAACAACCGAAACACAAGCAGUCACCUCCUCGCAGUCUGCGGUGGAUGGCAACAGCAAGGCCACGAGCUCCCGAAAUUCCCCAUUUCCGCGAUUGCCCCAUGCUUGCUCCACCACUUGCCCCAUUCUGCCAGCGUUCAGGUACUUUUCACGAUCCACAUUUCGUGCAGGGCCACGAAAAUCUUUUGCUGCUUGCCGCUGCGAUGGGACCUUGCCCGAGUCUUCCCAGAUUCGUUUGUUAGCAGCCAGAACCUGGUGCUGGAUCGGGUGAGUAUC